GGACGGUGGGGAGGAAGGAGGGGGAAAGGCACCAACCAGCAGCCGCUCCAGCCCUGUGGAAGUUUCACUUUUUGUCUGUGGGUUCGCUCCAGGGCCCCGUGCGAGCUUUCCCGGGAUAAGUAGCGUUAGCGAGCGGGGGAGAGCCGAGCGCUGCAAGGAAUCAAGGAGAAUCCUGACAACUAGUGGGCUGGGAGAGGCCGAAGGAAGCCAGCCCAGGGCCUGUGUGCUCAGAGCUCCCUGAGUCCCCUCAGGCUGGAAGGAAUCUCCAGAAGACCUCUGGUGAGAACAUCUAGAUUCAGACAGAACUGAAGACAGAAUCCAGCCAGCCGAUUUCCAGUUUCAGUGUUUUUUUGUCCGUUUGCUUUUUCAGUUUCACUGCGCACUCAUCAAAGGGAAGAUAUUUUUCCUCAGUUGAUUUUGCUGUGUGGUUGACUGAGCCAUUUGCCAACUGACUUCUGAGAGCCGGUGAUUUGAGAUCACAACAAUGUCUCACCCAUCUUGGCUGCCACCUAAAAGCACUGGUGAGCCCCUCGGCCACGUGCCUGCACGGAUGGAGACUACCCACUCCUUUGGGACCCCCAGCAUUUCAGUGUCUACACAACAGCCACCCAAGAAAUUUGCACCGGUAGUUGCUCCGAAACCCAAAUACAACCCAUACAAGCAACCUGGAGCUGAGGGUGACUUUCUUCCACCUCCACCUCCACCUCUAGAUGAUCCCAGUGUCCUACCGCCUGGCUCUGGAAGCUUCCCUCCUCCACCACCCCUUGAUGAAGGUGCUUUCAAAGUGCAGCAGGGAAAUCCUGGAGGCAAGACCCUGGAGGAGAGGCGCUCCAGCCUGGAUGCAGAGAUCGACUCCUUGACCAGUAUCUUGGCCGACUUGGAGUGCAGCACCCCGUAUAAGCCUCGGCCACCACAGAGCUCUACUAGUUCAACAGCUUCUCCUCCGGUAUCCACCCCUGUCACAGGACACAAGAGAAUGGUCAUUCCAAAUCAACCUCCUCUAACAGCAACGAAAAAGUCUACAUUGAAACCACAGCCUGCACCCCAGGCUGCACCUAUCCCUGUGACUCCAAUUGGAACACUCAAACCCCAGCCUCAGCCGGUCCCAGCCUCCUACACUACAGCAUCUACCCCUUCAAGGCCUACCUUCAAUGUGCAAGUGAAGUCAGCCCAGCCUAGCCCUCAUUACAUGGCUGCCCCCUCGUCAGGGCAAAAUUAUGGCCCAGGGACCCAUGGCUAUAACACUCAGCCGGUUCCUAUCUCUGGGCAGUGCCCACCUCCUUCAACCCGAGGAGGCAUGGAUUAUGCAUAUAUCCCACCACCGGGCCUUCAAGCUGAGCCUGGGUAUGGGUAUACCCCCAACCAAGGACGCUAUUAUGAAGGCUAUUAUGCAGCAGGGCCUGGCUAUGGGGGAAGAAAUGAUUCUGAUCCUGCCUAUGUUCCACAAGGCCAGCCGAGUACCUGGAAGCGGGAACCAGGAUACACUCCUUCUGGAUCAGGGAACCAGAACCCAGCUGGGAUGUAUCCAGUCACUGGUCCCAAGAAGACCUAUAUCACAGAUCCUCUUUCAGCCCCCUGUGCCCCACCAAUGCAGUCAAAGGGUGGAUCCACCGCGUCAAUGGGGCCUCCAGCUAUCCCCACUUCCUUCCGCCCGGAAGACGAGCUCGAACACCUAACCAAGAAGAUGCUGUAUGACAUGGAAAAUCCACCGGCCGACGAGUACUUUGGCCGCUGUGCUCGCUGUGGGGAAAACGUCGUUGGGGAAGGAACUGGAUGCACAGCCAUGGACCAGGUCUUCCACGUGGAUUGCUUUACCUGCAUCAUCUGUAACAACAAGCUCCGAGGGCAGCCCUUCUACGCUGUGGAAAAGAAAGCAUACUGCGAGCCCUGCUACAUUAAUACUCUGGAGCAGUGCAAUGUGUGUUCCAAGCCCAUCAUGGAGCGGAUUCUCCGAGCCACCGGGAAGGCUUAUCACCCUCACUGCUUCACCUGUGUGAUGUGCCGCCGCAGCCUGGAUGGGAUCCCCUUCACUGUGGAUGCUGGAGGACUCAUUCACUGCAUUGAGGACUUCCACAAGAAAUUUGCCCCCCGAUGUUCUGUGUGCAAGGAGCCUAUCAUGCCAGCCCCAGGCCAGGAGGAGACCGUCCGCAUUGUGGCCCUGGAUCGUGAUUUCCACGUUCACUGCUACCGGUGUGAGGAUUGUGGUGGUCUCCUGUCUGAGGGAGAUAACCAAGGCUGCUACCCCUUGGAUGGACACAUCCUCUGCAAGACCUGCAACUCCGCCCGCAUCCGGGUGCUGACCGCCAAGGCUAGCACUGACCUUUAGAUUCAGUCACCUGCUUAGCUGGUUAGUGGAUGGUGCUGCGAAAGCAAAACAUCAAGAAAAGAAAAACAAGAAAAUAGAAUAAUAGAGAAAAGGCAACCAAGCUGUGGGAUGGGCUCUUUUCUUCAUCGGCUAUGGAUUUUUCUUUAGAAACACAUAGAUUAUGAGAUUUUUUUUUUUAAGUUGUUACCAAAUACACAUUUCACAUUUAAUCACGUAGGACCCGGAUGGGCCUUUGUUCCCAAGGACUUCCACAUUUUUGCACAGAUUACGCUCCAGCCCAUUCACUUCUGCAUUCCUGUAACUUUUAAUCCCUGUGUUUGUCUCACUUUUCAUCUGGUGGAAUGGCAUUUUUUUCCAUGUGGUAUUUGCUGUCACACAGUUUUUCCUGGGUGAGGCUGCCAAGUCACAGGUGCUUUUAGGCUUGAAGUCUCCAUCCUAUCACUGGCACGUUGCUUGUGAUUGUAAAGGUUAGCCAUUCGUCUGCUGUGUACUGAAAAGUAUCGUUCUCUGUUGCCACACACCAGUCAUGUCCCUGAGGGAAGAAAUCCACAAUUUCUAUGUUAGGCUAUAGUGAAUUUAAGUUGUAAAGUACAUAAAUGAAAAGGAGCCCAAAUUUAAUUUGCAACUAUCCAAAUUCUAAAUCUGUAGUGACCAGUAGUCACAGCUCCUUAGAAAACAGUUAUCGGCCCAUAGUUAAUGAGUGCUGAAAGAGAACUAAGUUUCAAUGUUUUCUAAAGGAAUUACAGUGGGGUGAGCAUUUUGGGUAUGUUUUUGAAAAGCCCAUUAUUAUACCACAAUAUUACCUUGAAAUUUUCCCUUUCUACACUACCUGGACUUAAUAAUGCGGACAAACUUGGCUUUCUCUAGAAUACAGCAUUCCCAACCAUUCCAGUUUUCCCUUCAGAAAUAUUGUCUUUUUUUUUUUUUUCCUAAUAUCCAAAAAUAGCUAUCAAAACUGACUUUCUUCCCAGAGGAAGAUAGGUAUAAGGAACAGUCAUGUUCUUGUGUUUUCUUUUUUUUCCCCUGAGCUCCAAGGCCUUCUUGCCUGACAAUCACAAAUCAGCGUACGCAACAUAAAAUGAUGUAGCAUUGUUUAGUUUACCUUGAAAAGAGGAGAGCUUGAAACGAUGGUGAAACCACGGUUUUAUUAUUGUCAUCAUCCUUCUGUAACUCAAAUUACAUAUUGCAGGAGAAUUUUCAUAUCAUCGAUGUGACAUUUAAACCACACUUUCAAAAGACAAUCACUGAAAAAAAAAAUUGUCUUUCUGAGCUAAAAAUAUGCAGUCUCUGCCUAGACUCUUUAUUCAAACUCUUAUUAGCCAGUGAAACCCUGGCUUGCCAAGAGCAGAACCACAGUUAUUAAGUUCUAACAUCUUUCAUUUAACGAGAAACGCCUAGCUUAGUAAUAACAUAUUGCCACUUUGUAAACUAAUUGAGUACUUUGGAUUGAGAUUUCUUAAACCUUUCUUCAAAUAUUCUGCAAGUAUAUACCUUUAAAUUAUGGAGUAUUUUAAGUAUACAAAAAGGUAUAAAUUAUAAUAUAAUGAAUUUCUAUAUGCCUAACACCCUGCUUAAAAAUCAAAUGUAACAGAUGUAGUUACAUUCCCCUGUACCCCUUCCCUUAUUUCACAAGUAUCUUUUUCACAAUUAUGAAGUGAUAGCUUUCUAGUCUAAUUUUUUAAUGUUUAAUUUUAACGUUCAGAAUAGCAAUAAAAAAUUAUUUGUGCAUGUUUUGAAUCACAAUCCAUGCCUCAGGAAUUCCAAUUAAAUAUAUUUUACUUGAAUAGAAAUAAUUAUAAAAGUGAUUUUUUAAAAAAACAAGAAAUUCUUAAGCUUAUGGUCAGGAUAGCUCAUCUAACUUAAUCUGUGGCUCAUUUACUCUGUAACUGUUGUAUGUGGGAACCACCAACGUGAUAGCUUUUAAGAGCUUCCUUCGACCACCUUCCUUUUCUUCUCUCAUCCUUGAUCUCACAUUUUUCAUAAUGUGAAAUAUAAUGAGAUUCACUUAGGGGUAGCAUUUGAGUUUUCAGAAUGCAGUGGUGACUGGGUCUCUAAAUUCCUGUCUUCCAAAUUAAAAGCCAAACCGUGCUGAUGACUCAACGAACACCACCUAUUACAUAAUUGGGAUGGGACUAUCAUCUGCCGAGUCGAUUCAGUCACUUGUUUUCUAUGACAUACUUGGGUAAAAUUUUCUGUGGGCUAACCGUAGAGGGCAAUUUAUUGUGAGAUAGAUUUUAUCUUUUGAAGUGCAGUCAUAUUAUUAUCAAUUUUGCCAAAAGAGGAAGAAUGUAUGAAAUAUUUAUACUAUAAAAAUGCAAUAACAUUCUACUCGUGUGUUACAUUUAAGUCCUUAUAUAGCUGAAUGUUUAUAUGCCAAAAGAAAAAGUAUAAGAAAAUGC